AUGGUACGCAUUGUCCGCCUCCUCGACGGGCUAUUUAUCUGCACAUGCUUUCGAUUCGUCACCGUGCUUCUAGUCCAUGCGGUGUUGUCUAUUCGGUGAUUGUUUUUGAUAUUUAGAAAUCCGUGUGGGAUGCUGAUGCGGUGGUAUAGAUUUGAUUCCCUCCCCCCUCGUUUUGCUUCAGAUGUGAACCUCCUCGUAUGUGGGACAGAAAUAGGUUCUGUCCUUCUGAGUAGAAUCUGAAGGCUCUAAGAAUUGGCCCCGCUAUUUUGAUAAUUGAGUUGCUGCACUAUGCUUGGACUAUUCUCAUUUGAUUGGUUCUCAUUUUGACAAUCGUGGGAUAUGUGCCGAGUUUCAAUUAUCCAUCAUUGGAAAUUAUUUUUUCUGGAAAAUUUAAACCUACGGCUGGUUUGAUUCAACAAGCUAUGUGGGAACGCUGUCCGUGGGUUUUAAAAACCAUUUUUUUAAUUUUUAUUACAUCAACUGAAAGUGGAUUCUUCACCCUACGAUUUGAUGAAAUUUUCUGUCGACGUUGUGUAAACAUGCGACACAAUAUGAAGACGAUUUUAGUUGAAUCUCACUGAUAAGAAGAUGAGCCUGAAAUGAACACUUUAUAUCUAUUUGCCUCCAGAUUUAUAAUUUUUUGUCCUCUCUGAUCGAUGCAGCCGAAGCAGAUACACGAGAUUAAGGAUUUCCUUCUUACUGCGAGAAGGAAAGAUGCACGGUCUGUGAAGAUCAAGAGGAGCAAGGAUGUGGUCAAGUUCAAAGUCAGAUGCUCCAAGUAUCUUUACACACUUUGUGUGUUUGACUCCGAGAAAGCUGAUAAGUUGAAGCAGUCUCUGCCUCCAGGUCACACAGACAUUUCUUUUCUUUGUUUCUUUGUCCGUCUCAAUAUGCUUCACGCGGCAUUCUCUUUCUCUCUCGCCCAUAAAACCGUCACCAAAGAGCUUGGUCCAAGCGACAAUGGCCGUCAGACGCUGCUGAGUAAUUAACAAGAUUACCAUAAAAAAAGUUUCUGACGCCAUUGUUCUCCUAUUGUUUGGGCAAUAACCAAGGCGCAGUUGCUUAGUUUGGUUUCUUAUAAUGAAUGCUUCAAAGCACCCGUUAGCGAAUGCAGAAGAAGGGGAAAAUUGAUCCUUGCCACAAUAAUUCUCUUACUGUCUAAUCGUUUUACUGUAUCAUGACAGUCUUUCUUAUCAUGCUGCUUUCUGCGAUUGUUCGAAAGUGUAUGCUUUCCAUACACUAUUUGUUGAUCUUCUCUCAGAUUGCUGUUGUUGGAAGUUAGUAUAUUAGAUUCGUCUUAAACGGAAUUCCUUCUUCCACAUUAUUUAUAUCUGAAAUGAAACUUACUUACUUAGUAGAGUUUCUGAUUCUUUUUCUAUGUUGAUCGAUCGAGUUUUCUCAUGAUCUUCUGUGGGUUCUUGCAGGUUUGAGCGUCCAGGAGAUCUGA